UUUUGUCAAACGACAAAACUCCUUUUCACUUUCAGUCCAUUUUCUCUCUCAACAAGUUUCAGUUUUUCUUAGUUAUAAGAAAACGUACCAUUUUAUCCUUCUUCAAUCCGUCUGUCUCACACAGAAUCACACAUAUCUGUAGGAUUCCUUUCGGUUUCCGGCGAGAUGUCUGCGCAUGAACAGUUAUCUCCGGCGUCUCCGCCUGCCUGACAUCCGACUCCGAGAUCAGAUUUUUUUAUCAGCUCCGGUGACACUCUAAUCGCCGGGAUCUGUCAUCUUUCAACGGAAAUUAUGAUUGGCCUAAAUUGACGGAUAGGAUGAAGAAUAGUUGGAAAGAUCAAAUUUGGAUUUUAGUUUGUUGCGAUGAUGACGUAUAGUAGUUUUUCAAACUGCAGGCUUUGAUUUUGUGUAGCUAACUUGUUCGCCUUUAGAAUAAUUUAGUUUUGCACAGAUGGAUCAUGAGCAAAAUCGUUAAGAUUCCAACAGAAGUUGCUAAGUACUUUGCAUAAGAUCAAACAACUUCUUCUCAGUUCUCAGGAAACAUGAACAACGAGAGAGGAGAUUUCCAAUUCUUCCAUAGACGACUGAAUCAAACCUCCAAUGAUUCUCUUCUUCCUGGACUAUACGACGAUGUAGCCCUAAUUUGUCUAGCCUGGGCUUGUAGAUUCGAUUACGCUUCACUCUCCUGCUUAAACAUCCGAUUCAAUUCCCUCAUGAAAACAGGCUACCUCUACGAGCUCCGAAAGCAACUCGGAAUCAUAGAGCAUUGGGUAUACAUGGUGUGCGAUCCCAGAGGUUGGGAAGCAUUCGAUCCAAUCACCAAAAACUGGAUGAGGCUUCCCAAAAUCCCUUGUGAUGAAUGUUUCAACCACGCAGACAAAGAAUCAUUAGCUGUAGGGAGUGAAUUGUUAGUUUUCGGGCGUGAACUAUUCGAAUUUGCUAUAUGGAAAUACAGCUUAAUCCAUAGAAACUGGGUGAAAUGCGAAGGAAUGAUUCACCCCAGGUGUCUAUUCGCGUCAGGAAGCUUAGGAACAAUCGCCAUUGUUGCAGGAGGUAGUGAUCAAAACGGAAACAUUCUAAAAUCUGCUGAGUUAUACGAUUCAUUAACAGGUAGAUGGGAAAUGCUUCCAAACAUGCACUCCCCUAGAAGAUUAUGCUCAGGUUUUUUCAUGGAUGGAAAGUUUUAUGUAAUAGGAGGAAUGACAAGCCCUAAUGAUUCAUUAACCUGUGGUGAAGAGUUUGACCUCAAACUCAAAAAAUGGAGGAAAAUCCCGGGCAUGUACCCGAAUGUAAACCGGGCAGCCCAAGCUCCACCACUUGUAGCGGUUGUUGAUAAUGAGUUAUAUGCAGUUGAGUAUUUAAGCAAUAUGGUUAAGAAAUAUGAUAAGAUUAACAACUUAUGGGGUGUUUUGGGUAGACUUCCAGUUAGGGCUGACUCAUCGAAUGGUUGGGGGUUAGCUUUUAGGGCUUGUGGGGAUGAACUUUUGGUGGUGGGUGGACAAAGGGGUGGACCUGAAGGUGAAGCUAUAGUCAUUAAUUCAUGGUGCCCUAAAUCCGGGGUUAAAAAUGGUAUUUUGGAUUGGAAGAUUCUUGGUGUUAAAGAACAUGCUGGUGUGUUUGUUUACAAUUGCGCUGUCAUGGGUUCUUAAACUUAUCUCCAAAUCUUCAAACCCUAAUUACAACAGGUUUCUAGUCACCCUUUCAACUUAUCUCAUUAACCUUUUUUUUUUUUUUUUAAUUUAUUUUCGUUUGUGUACUUUUUAUUUGUGGUAAUAAAUUGGAAAAAGGUAUAAUUGUUUUGAGGUGUA